AUGCCAUCCACACCACCUGACGGCGAAGGCGCGAGUAUGAUAUGGUGGUCUGGCCGCCAUCCGCCAGCAGACCCCGCAACAUCCUUCGCUGGUAAAACUGUCCUCAUCACCGGAGCAAACACGGGACUGGGAUUCAGUGCGGCUCUCAAAUUUGCCGUACUGGGUGCAUCACGACUCAUCUUCGGUGUUCGAUCACUUCAAAGGGGCGAGGCGGCUCGGGACAAAAUAUGUCAACAGACCGGGUACGACAAGAACAACAUUCGGCUUUAUGAGGUUGACAUGAGCACCUUCGACUCCGUCAAGACGUUUGGAGAUGCAGUCUCCAAAGAGCCAAGAAUUGACAUAGCAAUCCUCAAUGCUGGCGUCGUAUCACCAUCUUUUCGCCUCAGCCCGGAAGGAUACGAGAUGUGCCUCCAGGUAAUGGUUCUCUCGACAGCAUUAAUGGCAAUACUGCUUCUCCCACAACUUCAGAAGUCUGCUAUAAUCUCCAAAGAACCGACGCAUCUCGAACUGGUUGGCAGUAUUGCCGGUCGCAGUGUCAAGGUCAACCCAUUCUCCAAGAGCGAUGCCCCGAUCCUGGAUCAAGCGAACCAACCCAGCCUUUUUGGCUGCCAGCGACAAUAUCAAACAGCGAAGCUCUUCUUAUUCUACAUUUUGGAAGGUCUGGUGGAAGAGACAGACGCUGCAAAAACCAACCACAAGGGCCCUGGAGUCAUCAUCAAUAUGGUCUGCCCUGGCCCGUGCCGUACGACAUUGGGCCGCGAUUUCUCUGCUCUUCUCAAGAUCCCGAUGACUCUUAUUCAGAUGUCCCUUUUCCGUACGGCUGAACAGGGAGCAAGGAGCUUUGUGAGUGGCGUGACCUUGGGUCUUGAGGCCCACGGGAAAUUCUGGUUCUCUGAUAUGUUUUAUGAGUAUGUAUUCCACAGCAAAUCACCUUGUUUCUCCGCUGACUCGACAUACAGCAAGGGCGAACUCGUCACGAGUCCCGAGGGCAAGGCCCUGCAGAAAAAAGUCUGGCAGGAGAUCGUGGCUAUAUUGCGCCCGCAUCUCCCAGGAGGUGAAUUGAAGUUCUCGCGUGGCAUGUUCUCAGUUCAACGCUAA